GGCGACAUAACUUCCUCCGAUUUCAUGUCUUUCAUCCUCCGCGAGAAGUCGAUCGACACGAUAUUUCAUCUCGCUGCUCAGACACACGUGGAUAAUUCAUUUGGUGAUUCCUUCGAGUUCACAAAGAAUAAUGUUAUGGGUACACAUGUCAUGUUGGAGGCGGCUAAGGUGCAUGGGAUUAAAAGAUUUAUCCAUGUUAGUACGGAUGAGGUAUACGGAGAGGUGGCAAAGAACAGUCCUGACUGUCAUGAAGAAUCUAUUCUAGCACCGUCAAAUCCGUAUUCUGCGACCAAGGCUGCUGCUGAAUGCCUUGUUAAGGCGUAUCAUAAAUCUUUCGGGCUUCCUAUCAUAAUUACAAGGAGCAACAAUGUCUAUGGACCUUAUCAAUAUCCUGAGAAAAUUUGCUCCAAAUUCAUAUGCAGUCUCCUCCGUGGGGGUAAGUGUUAUGUCCAUGGCGAUGGCUCCAACUCGCGUAAAUAUCUCUACGCAGGAGACGUGGCCAAUGCGUUAGACAUUAUCCUCCAUCACGGACAGAUUGGAGAGAUCUACAAUAUCGGGUCCAACUUCGAGAUAUCUAAUUUAGACCUCGCACGGACACUAAUAAGGCAGUUUGGGUACAAGGAGGCGGAUCACAUAGAGUUUGUUCAAGAUCGGGCAUUUAAUGAUAGAAGGUAUGCUGUGGAUUAUAGGAAAUUGAAGGAACUGGGAUGGAAACCAAAAAUGGGUUGGGAGGAAGGGCUGAUAAAGACGAUUACAUGGUACAAAGAACAUCGUGACACAUGGUGGGGAGAUAUCUCUUGUGCAUUGGUGCCGCAUCCUCUGAAAGCUCUACCUCAGAAUGAUAAUUAUACAUUGUAA